GUCCCCUCCAAACCCUCGCCGCCGAUGGCCGGCGGCUCCUCCUCCCCCUCGCCGGCCUCCGCGCUCAUCCAGGUCCGCUGCGCGGGCUGCCGCGGCGUCCUCGCCGUCGCCCCCGGCAUGACGGAGUUCAUCUGCCCCAAGUGCCAGAUGGCGCAGCGGCUGCCCCCGCAGCUCAUGCCCAAUCCCUCCUCCUCCACGCCUUCCCCGCCCAAAUCCUCCGCCGCCCCCGCCCCCGCCCUCCCCGCUCCGCCGCAGCCCCGGAAGCGGGCGUCGCAGGCGGCACAGACGUCGCAGGCGCAUGGGGUGGACCCCACGAAGAUCCAGCUCCCCUGCGUGCGCUGCCAGGCCGUCCUCAACGUGCCCCACGGCCUAACCAACUUCCGCUGCCCGCAGUGCGGGGUCGACCUCGCCGUGGACCUCUCCAAGCUCCAGAACUUCCUCACCGCCGCCAGCAACGGCGCGCCCCCAGCGUCAGUCCCCGUGCCCCCGACGUUCCUCCCGGUGUUGCCGCCAGGCAUGCCGCAGCCGCCACAGCUGGUUGCUGUCACGACAACAGUCCCUAUUGGGCUGCCCACCACAGAGCCGCCCGAGGAGAUCAAUGAGGUUGCAAUUGAUGUUGAGCGCGAUGAAGAUGAAGGUGGUACCGUCGGCGAAACUUUCACUGACUAUAGGCCUCCCAAACUAUCUCUUGGUCUGCCUCAUCCGGAUCCGGUAGUAGAGACUUCUUCGCUGUCAGCUGUACAACCUCCUGAACCGACUUAUGAGUUGAACAUCAUGGAUGAGUUGGAUCAAACUAAGACAUUAUCUUGCUUACAAAUCGAGACAAUAGUUUAUGCUUGUCAGCGGCACCUUCAUCAUCUCCCUACUGGUGAUAGAGCAGGUUUUUUUGUUGGUGAUGGUGCUGGUGUUGGUAAGGGCCGGACAAUUGCUGGAUUAAUCUGGGAAAAUUGGCAACAGGGAAGGCAUAAGGCAGUGUGGGUAUCGGUUGGUUCUGACUUGAAGUAUGAUGCUCGAAGAGAUUUAGAUGAUGUUGGUGCAAAAUGCGUGCAAGGUAUGGAACCUAUUAAAUUGAAUGACAUAUCACCUCGAGUCAAUGCCAUCUGCAUUGCACCAACUGUGUGUGACCCCUGCGGAUCUACAUGAUAGCAUCUUGAACUG